CUAAGAUUAGCAAGCUUUAUGAGUGCUUGUCUUCAUGUUUAGAAGAAAGAAAAGACAAGGUUGAUUAAGGUACACUUCACCAGAUAACAUUCUUCUCUGCCUGCACUGACCCUUAAUUAAGUUUUCCAAACCAAAGUUCUUAACUUCUUAUUUCUAAUUAAGUACACACUAAUUUAUAAUAUAAAAUUGGUACUGGUUCAAGGUGUAGUUAUGGGUAUCUUGUUCUUAAACCAAAUCAAGAAGCAAGCAAGUUUUUUCCUACAGGAGAAAUACAAAAAUGCAAGGUUGGCUUUAACUGAUAUUAGUCGAGCUGAAUUGUUGGCUGAGGAAGCAACAAACCAUGAUCCAUGGGGUCCAGAUGCUAAAACAAUGACUAAAAUAGCUGGGGCAUCUUAUGAAGUGGAUGAUUAUUGGAGAAUCGUGGAUGUUCUUCACAAGAGGUUUGAUAAUAUUGAUUGGAAGGAAUGGAGGCGAGCAUAUAAAACACUUGUACUUCUUGAGUUCCUGCUUACGCAUGGUCCUGAAGAAUUGGCAGAAGAAUUUCAGUGCGACAGUGAAAUAAUUGAAGAGUUGGGAACAUUCAAAUACAUAGACGAAAAAGGUUUUGACUGGGGUGCGAACAUGCAGAAGAGAUCAGACCAUAUAAUUACACUUCUAAACGGAGGAGUGAAACUAAAAGAAGCUAGAUUAAAAGCUCUGAAAAUAACAAAAGAAAUUCAAGGAUUUGGUAAUUUCAGGAUCCUGUCAUCUUCUUUGUCAUCAACAUCAUCGGCGACCUCUGAUCUGUCCAGAGCUUCAUCGUUCGGCUCAUAUUCUACUACAAGUUCAACAUUUAAUGGCGCAGCACUAUCCCUCACGAAAGAAGAAGACAUUGAGAAACCUGGAUUGGUAUUUAAUGAGAUUAACAAGGAUAAGAGUUCUGUUAUUACGUCACCUACAAGUAACAUGGAUUUGGAAAGAUCCCAUGUUUGGAAUUACUCACGGAUUCAAGAAACUGGAUCUUUGUUGGAUUUUGAAGAAGAAAAUGAAGAUGAGAAACAAGAUAGUAUUAUCAACGGAAUUUGCACUAAGCUUGUUCCUUCAAGAAAAUAUGACGGUGAAAGAGAGGGCUUUAGGAGCCUUUCUGAUGUAGGGAAGUUGAUAAAGAAGAAGUAUGAUAGACAAUUUUCUUUGGGCUAUUAACUGAGGCGAGGACAUAUAUAGCAAAGACGGUCAUCUUCCAUUGUUGGAUGGUGAACCAGAAAAUGUAAAUUUAAAAUAAUUUCAAUCCUCACAAGUGAGAUUGCCAAUCAGACAUUUAAAUGUUGAUUUUGUUAUCUUAUACCAAUGGGUAUUGUCAUAUGCAAAAAUAUUGCAGUACAAUGUCGAAA